AAGAGGGGACAGAGUCCGGGGCGCCAAGGGCUGGGAGGGGCCAGGAGCCCUGGAGGAAGGGGGGGCCCAAAGAGGUGGACUCGUCCAAGGCCAGAGCUGGCCCCCAAACCCUCCACGUAGUCUCCCCACAGCACUGCUCCAAGAGUCCAUCCCCCACCCUACGCUCAGGCAGCUCCGAACUCUCUUUCCAUCCUCUCUCUUUCUCUCUCUCUCUCUCUCUCUCUCUCUCUCUGUCUCUCAGUCUCUCUCUGCAGAAACCACCCACCUUCACCAUGUCUGACGAGGAAGUUGAACAGGUGGAGGAGCAGUACGAAGAAGAAGAGGAAGCCCAGGAGGAAGCUGCAGAAGUCCAUGAGGAAGCCCAUGAAGUUCAUGAACCAGAGGAGAAACCAAGACCCAAACUCACUGCUCCUAAGAUCCCAGAAGGGGAGAAAGUGGACUUCGAUGACAUCCAGAAGAAGCGUCAGAACAAAGAUCUAAUGGAGCUCCAGGCCCUCAUCGACAGCCACUUUGAAGCCCGGAAGAAGGAGGAGGAGGAGCUGGUCGCCCUCAAGGAGAGAAUCGAGAAGCGCCGUGCGGAGAGAGCGGAGCAGCAGAGGAUUCGUGCAGAGAAGGAGAGGGAGCGCCAGAACAGACUGGCGGAGGAAAAGGCCAGAAGGGAGGAGGAGGAUGCCAAGAGGAGGGCAGAGGACGACCUGAAGAAGAAGAAAGCUCUGUCUUCCAUGGGAGCCAACUACAGCAGCUACUUGGCCAAGGCUGACCAGAAGAGAGGCAAGAAGCAGACGGCCCGUGAAAUGAAGAAGAAGAUUCUUGCUGAGAGACGCAAGCCGCUCAACAUCGACCACCUCAGUGAAGACAAACUGAGGGACAAAGCCAAGGAGCUCUGGGAGACCCUGCACCAGCUGGAGACCGACAAGUUCGAGUUUGGGGAGAAGCUGAAACGCCAGAAAUAUGAUGUGAGUCCUGGCACCUCCGGCCCUGGGGCCCUAGCAGCUUUUACCCACCCGCCAGAGCACCCACUCCCUGCGUCCCGAGCAAACUCUGGACCUGCCCAUCGCAGGGCCCUGGGACCUGAGAGGCCCACACAGGCUGUCGCCACUGACCCCUGGAUGAGGCUGCUCUCCUGAUGGGGACUGUGGCCAGAGCCCGUCCUCCUGGCUGGCCACGCAGCACCCUGAGCGAUGAACCUGACCCCUGUGGGCGGCCUUGGUCACCCCUGCCAUGCGGACUGUCAUGGCAGAGCAGCCAUGGCCGAGUGGACUCAGGGUUCAUUUUCUGAACCCUUUAAGCUUAAAGAAAGUCCCCAUCAUCACCGAGCUCAGCCCUGGGGCACCAAGGCCGUCCGGUGUGGGGGGUCCUUUCCACAGAGCCUCCUCCGCAAACCCAGGCUCUGGCUUCCACCAGGGCCCCAGACAUCUGCUUCCUCGGGGCAGGCAGAGAGGGGUGACACGCUGCACCCCGCGGCUGGAAAAGGGGGCCUGAGACUGUGCCCCCCUGGGACGGAGCAGAGCCCCCAUCCCAUGCAGGCGUUAUCGCUGCAGGCAAAGCUGGGGCUGGGGAAGGCAGCCUGCCUGGGUGGCCUCAGGGACUGGGGUGCGGUGUGGGAACUAGGAUGGAGGCCGAGAUGCUUCCCACCCUCCCAAACACCCGUGUGGGCUCCAGGGGUGAGGGGUGCAGCCGUGGGUGACCUGUGCGCUUGGGGCAAAUGCAGACACUCCAGUAUCACCAUCAAGGACACGAUGUGCACCCUCCAGCACCGCCAGAGGCCCUAGGGGAGAGCAGCUUGCCCACGGGGCCUGGGCUCCACUCGGGUGCAGGGGUGCGGGAUGACCCGUCCAAGCCAGCCAGGCAAAUCCGAGCACCUUCUCAGGGGCUCUGGGCAUGCCACCUGUUCCACCCGAGCUUCCGCGAGCUCCCCUCCCACAGAAGCAGGAUGAUUACACUCCCUCCCAGAGCUGUCCCCAGGGGGUCCAGGCAUGGGGGACAGCCCUGACUUCACCCUCGGGGGUCUCUCAGAGGGGCUGGCCCUGAGUUGGGCUUCACUGCACAGGACCCAGGCUGUGUUCCCAGAGCUGAGUCAGGGACCCACUGGCUCUGGAUAGAUGCGGCCACAGCGGGUCCCUAGGGACUGCAGAGCCUGGAGGGCCAUCACCAGGCCAAGCUAGCCCACAGCUUUGAUGCUGCCCAUCCAGUCUUGUAACCAUCUUGGUCUUUCUAGAUCAUGAAUGUCCGGGCCAGAGUGCAGAUGCUGGCCAAGUUGUAAGUAGCCGGGUCCGCCCUGGGCCAGGCCCGUGGGUGUGCACUGCACGGUGAGGUGAACCUCUCGCAUGGCAAAAACCUGGGUCGCUCAGGAUGCUGGUGGCAGGGGGCCUGGAGCCUUCCUCCUGCUCCCGCUCUCCCCUUGUGCCUGCAGCCGGGGGCUUCCCAGUGGCCGCUGCCCUGUUGGCAAGCGAGGAAGGGCCCCCACCUUCCUAGGAGCUCCGCCUCAAGCCAGCAGUGGCCACGGAGUGCCCCCGGGUGCAGGCAGGAGGGCAGGAGCGGCUGGUCCAGGAGCUCAGAGCUCAGCAGUUGAAGGGAGCUGGAACUGGGAAGGAGGGGUCCGCAGGCCUCACCUGCACCCUCCCCACCCCACCAUCCAUGCUCUGUGCCCCCACCCCACAUCCUGCCGCAGGCUGAAGGUAAGUGGCCAGCUACGGGCUGCUGUGUGUGGCAGUCCAGGCCAGUACAGGUUGGCGAGAGUAAGUCCAGGCACGAGCCCGAGGGCCAAGGGACAGUGUCCCCCUGCACAAGGAGCCAGGAGACAGUAAGGGAGCCGAGGAGCCCUCGUGGGGGCCCAGCAGCCCUGGGUCGCCCAGCCCAGCCCACCCUGCGGUGGAGACACACAGGCCUGGCUCUUGGGUCGUCGCAGUGAGUCACUCAUG